UUUCGAUACUUCCAAAGCUUUCCAACGGCCCUCACAAAGACCAUCUCAUCUCAUCUCACUUUGUUUUAAUCGAAACCUACCUGUCUUCUUCAUCCCCACUUAUACACUCACGCCCACAACAACAAAAUAAACAUCCUUCCUGUGAUCGGAUCGGUUUAUUAUUGAUUUAUCGAAAUGGCAACAGCUACUAAUAUGAUGCACAUUGCUAUAGCAAGACCCCCCUCAACCUUUUCUUCUCGUGAAGCUUCAAAACCAUGCGUUGCGCUUUUCACUAGUAACAUUACAUGUGCAAAACUUAAAGCCUCAUCUCACAUCUCUUCUACACAUUCAUUAUCUCAAAAUGUCAAUUCGACUCCUUUGAGAUUUGGAAGAAUGAUCACAAAAGCCAUGUCAGAUUCCAAUGACGUAAAACCCCUUCCAGGGCUGCCUAUUGAUCUAAGAGGAAAGAGGGCAUUCAUUGCUGGUGUAGCUGAUGAUAACGGGUAUGGUUGGGCAAUAGCCAAAUCGUUAGCUGCGGCUGGUGCUGAGAUUCUUGUUGGCACAUGGGUCCCCGCACUCAACAUAUUCGAGUCUAGUCUUCGAAGGGGCAAGUUUGACGAAUCACGUGUGUUGCCAGAUGGGUCUUUGAUGGAAAUUACUAAAGUGUACCCCUUAGAUGCUGUUUAUGAUACCCCUGAAGAUGUUCCCGAGGAUGUAAAAGCAAACAAGCGUUAUGCAGGGUCCUCGAAGUGGACUGUAAAGGAAGUAGCUGAAUCUGUGAAAGAGGAUUUUGGCAGCAUUGACAUUCUUGUGCACUCAUUAGCCAAUGGGCCUGAGGUUAGCAAACCUCUCUUAGAAACAUCCAGGUAUGGAUAUCUUGCUGCCAUCUCUGCAUCAAGCUAUUCUUACGUAUCUUUGCUCCAGCAUUUUGCCCCGAUAAUGAACCGCGGCGGUGCUACUAUUUCUCUGACCUACAUUGCUUCUGAAAGGAUCAUACCCGGAUAUGGUGGAGGUAUGAGUUCAGCGAAAGCUGCUUUGGAGAGUGACACACAAGUAUUGGCAUUUGAAGCAGGAAGAAAACACGGAAUCAGAGUAAACACAAUAUCUGCAGGACCACUUAGAAGUCGUGCUGCUAAGGCGAUCGGUUUUAUUGAUAUGAUGAUUGAUUAUUCAUCAGAGAAUGCACCGCUGCAGAAAGAACUAUCAGCAGAGGAGGUGGGAAAUGCGGCUGCUUUUCUGGCAUCACCGCUGGCUUCAGCCAUCACAGGGACGGUGUUGUAUGUAGAUAACGGGCUUAAUGCAAUGGGAGUUGGAGUUGAUAGCCCGGUUUUUAAGGAUCUCGACAUACCUAGAGGCAACAAAAAUUAAGGUGGUGAGCAAGCACAAUGUUGGUUCGGUGUUCCAAAUAAGUUGUAGUUGAACUGUUUGAAUAGCUUAACUUGGAUUUACAGUUUUACAUUAAAAUAGAAAAUUGGCCAGUCUUGACAUUGUGCGCUAAAAGUAACAUUUUUAGGGCGGUUUAUAAUCGUUCAAAAUAAAGAAAAAUUGGAGAUUUGGGAA